CUAUGGGUGUCUAUGAAGAGUGAUAGCCUUUGUUUCAGGGGGAUAUUAUAUGCAGUCGGACAUCAACAAGCAUGGAUGGAAACGGAGAGCUAGCUCCACGUAUCUGAAAUCUGUCACGUUUCACACUUCUAAUCAAAGCUGGUCAACAAGAGUUGCUUUGAAAUGGAGCCACAACCCAAACGCAGAAAAGAAUAUGAGUGUGACAUCGACUCCUGGGUUGCUUACCCUGUGCUGUCCAACGAGCAGUCACAAGACAUUGAGCUAAUCGAGGCCUUUGCAGCUCCCAUCAUCAACAAGAAAGAAACCUCUCGUUUGAUCAAGGAGUUGGCCAAAGUAUACCCAUUACCUGGACUUCAGCACAUCAAGAGAGUACGUUCAUGCAAGGAUAAGGGCAGCCCUCACCCUCUGGAGGUCAUUGUAUGCCUUGCCAGUGAUGGACCAGUCAUUGACCACAGUAAGGAGCUGCACAUAUCUGAUCUGUCGUCAUCCGGUAGAUUAAACUGUGAAGGUCUAGGAUACCCUUUCCUGGUCAAGAUACCAGCAUGCCCUCCUUUGACCAGACCGCAGUUUGAGCAGGCCAGCAAACACUGGCCCACCUCCUUUCACGAGGACAAACAGGUGACUGUGGCCCUGAGGGGCCAGCUGUUCACCUCCUCUCAGAAAUCAAAGAUGCAGGAGUACAUGAUGGCUGCUGUGGCUGCAGCCAGAGCGGGGAAGGAGAGUGGCAUGGAGGCUGUGGGGGCUGCGGUCGUUGACCCAGAGGCAGAGAGGAUCCUCGCUGUGGGACAUGACUGCCAGCAAGGCGGUCACCCACUUCAUCACGCCAUCAUGGUCUGCAUUGACCUUGUGGCACAUGGGCAGGGGGGUGGGGCCUACACCUAUGACAAGUACCCCGCCUGCCAGUCUGUUUUACCCUAUUCCUCACCCUCUCAAAAACAGGGCGCCACCACCAUGACAACCUGUGGGGUCGUGCUGGACGGGGACAGUGCAGAGGAGAGAGUUGAGCCAUACAUCUGCACCGGGUACGACCUGUAUGUUACUCGAGAGCCUUGUGUUAUGUGUGCCAUGGCGCUAGUCCAUUCUAGGAUAGGCAGAGUCUUCUAUGGGACAGCCUCUACCGAUGGGGCAUUUGGGACUAAAUAUAAAAUCCACGCUCAAAAAGAUCUGAAUCACCGCUUUGAAGUUUUCAAAGGAGUCUUGGACCAACAGUGUGAAGACCUUAACAGGCCUAUACACUAUAUCAAAAUGAAUUCUUAAAGGUUCACAUAAUUGUUACAGGAACGAUAGACCCUUAUAAACGGAUUAAUCUCGUGUCAGACUACUAGGCACACGCGGUUGAUGAGCGAGACUAGAUCAACGUGUGAAUUACAUAAGUAACAUUUUACUUCUGGAAGAUUUUGAAUUACAUAACCACAUUUUAAUGUUUUACUUUGUUACUAUGUAAAAUUCAAUGCAAUAAAGUUUUGGCCACUGUGACAUCAAGCAUUCACAACCUGUUUUAUUGCUUAUCGUCAAUAUGGUUCCCAUCCAUUUCCCAUGAGAUUUCAUCCAGUUAAGACACACAUGCUGCUUUCGGGGCAUAAAUGUUUUAAUGAUGUUAGGUACAAGGGCUGACAAAGCUCCAAGAAUACCGUGGAUAAGACAUAGGUAGUCCUGUUUUUGUUUGGUUGUCUUAAUAGUAGCCUCCAGGAGAUAUUCAUAUCCUAAACAAGUACAUCUACAUGAAUAUACAGGCAACUGACAAAAUAAAAGGAAACACCAACAUAAAGUGUCUUAAAAGGGCGUUGUGCCACCAUGCCGCUCUUUACACAGUUAUGGUUUCCUUAACUGACACACCCACUUGUUUUUAGCAUGCAAAUUUCAAAAUGCUUGUCAAGUGGAAUAGGUACAAAAAUCUCCAGGGUGAACCAUUCAUCCAAAAGACUAGAAAUUGUAACAAAGUGAUAUGGAAGAAAAGUUAAGGGUACAAGACAACAUACCAGUUAGGGGACAAACAAACUAUUCAUCCCAUAUGGCAGUGCGGCCUGUUUCAUCCAAUCGGAGCAGAUGAAAUUCACAUGACCACUGGAAUCUUUCCUUGGAAAUUUGAUAAACAUGCUGGUUGUUUGGCGAGGUGUUUCAUUUAACAAUUUCUGUUAGCUACCGGAGUUGCCAUACAUAGUACUAAAAUAAACUGAGAUCUGUUAGUAAAAUCACAGGAACUGAAUUUGGUGUGUUAUACUCUCCCGUGUGACGAUCAGUUGCCCAAACUACAUGAUGUUUUACCUCUGGGUUAACCGAGAUUAGACACAUUAGAACAGACCCAGGGUCUGUUUCUGUGGCAGCAGAACCGCCAAAACUCAUGUUUAGUGUUGUUUUUGGUGCCCUUUGAAGCCAGGAACUGACAUAAAAGCACAACUUCAACACAGGUUGAAACAUUCAUAACCGAUGGACACUACAUCAACAUAUGAGUUGUUAUGCAAUCUCAGGUGAAAACAGAACAUCUACAUUGCACAGUAAUAUCGUCAUCACUAAUAUUUAACAUCACCACGAGGAUUGAGACGCGGCACCAUUCUUCCUGAGAAAUUCCACCAUUUGGUGUUUUGAUGGUGGAAAUUGUUGUCUCAGGCACCACUCCAGACUCUCCCAGAAGUGUUCAAUUAAGUUGAGAGCUGGUGACACACACACUUUAAACCACCUAUGCUCCUUUGAGACCCCUCUUUAAAGUCACCGAUCUCUUCUAGCCAUGGUAGCUGAAAUAAUGGGAAACUGGGCAUUUUAUAUGACCCUAUCAUGAUGAGAUUUUAAUUGCUUAAUUAACUCCGGAACCACAGCUGCACAGAAGCACCCACUUUCAAUAUACUUUACAUCCCUCAUUUACUCAAGUGUUUAUUUUAUUUUGGCAGUCAUGUGUAGGUACAUAGCCAUACCAUAGACCUGUCUCAGUAAACAAUUAUCUGACAACACUUAACAUCUUAUGACAAAUCAUCUGAUCUUCACAUAAGACAUGAACCUAUACAGACAAGCUAUAUACACUGCAAAAAUGCCUGCCCUAUAUGAUUGAGUAACAAGGAUAAAUUAUUAAUAUACAAAGGAAAUCAUGCUAAAUUAGUAUUUCAUAUUGUUCAGGGGCCUCAAGUGUCACAUACACACAAAAUAUGCCCAAAACAUGCAUGUGCCAGUAUUCACACAAGUUGGCAUUAAUAAAAAUGUAACUUGAUGUGCUUAUCCUCCCGCAAACCUUAGACCAGGGGUGUCAAACAUACAGCUCACAAAGGUGGUCCCAGUAAAAACAACUCAAUAUACUUUAAAAUUAACCUAUAUUUAUAUAGUUUGACUGUCCAGCUCACUAAUCACUGUGCAGUCAAUGGACCUACAGUCAUAGUUUCUUGACUGUUCAUCUCACUAAUAAAUCACAAGACAGUCAGGGAGCAUUGAAAAUUCCAAAAACUGAAUAUAGGACUUUUUUGUGUGCUAAUUUUGAUGGCAAGGAUCAAUAUAACAUUUUCAGUGUAGCCCUCUGGAACUCAUUGAAAACCAAAUGCUAGUGGUUUCAGUAUUGCA